UCAUCUUAGGAAAAUAGAAAUGGGAAGAUCGGUUUAUGCAUUCAUACAGUGUGAAACGCUGUGGGUGAUGCAGACUUUCCCCUCCAUCCCCAGCGGAUAGCCAAAGCAAUACAGGCUGCAGCUUCACUCCUGUGGCAUAAUCAAGCAUGGUGAGCUUUUUUGAGAGCUGCAUCUUGGUCUACAGGCACCUUUGGAGACUUGCAGUCCUUUUCCAUUGUACAGGUCAUUUAUGGAUUUUGUAGACUACUUUUGCGGGGGUGGGAGUGGUUUACAUACAACAGUAGCACCUUUCAGCGAGCAGCCUUCUUCUGUUGAGCAACAGUGGAAAUUUGCUCUUGCAUUCAUCUUCCUGCAGCAGGCCAGGGGCUGAGGUACCACUCAGUGCAUUAUUCUUCAGUGGUCUGGCAUCUUUUAAAAGCUCCUGAAGGUAAAUUCUCCCAAGGCAACCUUCCUGACUUAGUGGACAAAACAGACUGCCCUGUAGAGGUCAGUUCUGCCCUAGAGCCUGCCUUUGCUUUUCAAAGUACUCCACAGCCUAGGUCCAUAUUAGACCUAGGAACUGGUGCCUGUACUAAUUCAGCUACUUUUCUUGCUGUCCCUCCCUUGAGCCUGCAGUCACUGCAAGCAUGAAGUGUGACUUGAACUUCAAACCAGCCUUCAAGGGUUUUCUGCAGGUGUGAUAGCCACCCUCUUGGGUUGAAGGAAUGACCUCUGCAGCUAGCUGCAUGAGCUGAGAAGCUGAUGUGCUAGCGAAGGACUCUUCUGCACGUGGGCUGGGUGGUGAUUGACACUCAGAGUGGGUGAGGUACUGGUACACAAAAGAUGGUGUCAGUGACUCAUUCUGCAACUCAGCCUGAAGUGUUAUUUUGAUUUGUACCGGAAAACUGUGCUAAGUCUUAUUGUGUGAUGCCUGUUCCACUACACCCUGCCUCAGUGAGCCCCAGUGCAGGUCUGUUCAGUGGAGGCCUGGACAUGACUCUACAAAGCCAUGCAAUGAGGGCCACGUCCCCUGGAGGGCGGGCAGCUGCCACCGGUUGGCCCUCUCCUUCUUGGGGAGUGCUAAUCUCUGGGGAAGAUCUAGAUUAGAUUAGUAUUCACAGCUUUUUCUCUUCAUAUAGCUCUGAUUCCCUGCAGGGUGACGUGCCCUCGCAGCCCUCCUGGUUAUUUCCCUGGUGUUCAGGUGUAGAUGUGCAUUGCCUCUAGGGGUGACUCAUCAAGUGUGUGGUUUCAUAUUUGGUGCAGAGUUGUGGUAGUGCAAGAGUGCAGCUUCACAUGCAUUUCCAGUUCAAUAAACUCUCAAGUUGGGUUCCCUAGUUAACUUCAGAUGCGAGUCUGUGAGGAGGCAUGGAGCUGCUGGCUGUUCCCCCAGCCCAGGGAAGAGCUCUGAUUAGAAGGACACUGAAGAUAGAUUAGAGUUGCAUCAUUUCACUGAUCAGCCUUAUUUAGCAAUUACUCUUUUUGCUUCCCAUUUUGUAGUACUAAAUUGUUCAUGGCUUGUGCCUGUACCUUUAAUGUUCCAAUAAUGAUUUUAGUUUUUGCAGUAAAACUCAUGAAAAGAAAUUUCAUACUCAGGAUAGUCAUCUUGUAGAACAAGAGACAAGGCUAAAGCAUCUUUAACGUUCCUCUGGCAGAGCACCUAAAUAAAAAAAAAUGAUAAGUAGUCUGGGCUAUUUCUGCUGCCAGCAGCACUUUCUUUCUCACAAGUAAAGGCAUUUUCAUGUGUUCAGGCUCUGUUCUCCCAUUAGGAAGGAUGCUUUGAUGUUGCUCUAUGAGCCCAAGGUCAUUCAGGUACCUGUGAAAAGCAAGGCUCCUAAAAACGGGCAUAAAAGCUUUAGCCAGCUAUUCAGGUACCUGCUCCUUCCACAGGGUUUCAGCUGUUUAUAUUAGCUCUAUAAUUUAGCAUUUUGAGGCAUUAACUUUUCACUGAAGCUGUUGUUUGAAAGAGCGGAUUUCAUGUUGCCCAUAAAGAAUUUAGUGCAGUCGUAGCCCAUGCUGAGCAGACACUUAAUCACCUAUAGGUUUCCUGUGCAUGAGCAGUCCUGUUGAGGCCAGUGGAGCUAUUCACACAAAUAAAGUUAAUUGCCCAUUUCUUCUAGCGUUUGCCAAACCAAGGCUUUGAUUCUCAGUGUUUCGCCAUGCUUUUUUGUAUCUGUGAUAUCCCUCUAAAACUCACAUACAACAGUUUGCUAGCAGUGAAACAACUAGCUCUUAUGAUUCAUUUCAUUUGAACUAUCAGGGAACCGUUAUAAUAACACAGUUUUGGAAUCAGUUUUACAGAUCUCAGACCUGUUUUAUAUCAAGUUAGGGUUUUUAUUUAAGUGAUUUAUAUCUCUCAAUCAUACUCCCACCAAAGCAGAACCACAGGAAAGCAGCCCGAGAAGAGAACGCCACUCCUCUGAGAUCCCCAUGUCUGCUCCUGGACCACCCCUCCCUAGACAUUAAUUGCAUCUCCUAAACUGCCUAAAACACUUCUACCCUCACACCUUCUCCAGAAAGCUGCUGCUUUUCCUCUACGUGAGCACAGCAGCAACCAGGGCCCAGCGGAGGCAGGGGGUCGUACCAGAGCUUGGCACUCUCACCAGCCCACGAGGUAGCAAGUGCCAGCUCCACCACAGGACACCUACCAGCCUCCCCCAGCUCUUAUUGCCAAAUUUAAAAGGUCUGUUACAGGAGUCUUGAGAAGAACAAGCUCCCUGCGAAGUGAGGAGAUGAAGGACCCAGCCAGGUAUGGGGGCAGGAUUUUGAAAAUGAUCUCAUGCCCUUCAGGUAGGAAAUCAGGGCACGCCAGCCCUUUUGGCGGUGGGGGGGGGGUGCCUUUCUGGAAGCAGCAGUAAUUCACACCCAGCUUUGUGAGGGUUUUUGCCCUCUGGCUGGGAGGAGCUUACAGGGAGUUUUUGUGUUAUGGGUGUCAGCUAGCUGGGAAGGGGCUCCCUCUUUGUGGGCCAGGAAGAGCCAUUAGUUGCAAUGAUUUUCCAUUGCUGGGUGCAUACUCCAUUUCUAAUGUGGCUGUUAGUCUGGAAACCUAAACCUGGGGGUUUAUAGUAUGGCUACAAGUGUUUAUUUUCUGUGAAAAUAAAGAACUCUUGAGCACUCUAACAGCCCUUCUGGCUCUGCCCCCAGUGCAAUGAAACUGUGGGUCUCCUCCCAGAGUAAUGGUGCUGGGUUGUUUCUAAAAAAUCUGAUUUGCUGCUAUGUGAACAUGGAGCUGGAAUCACAUUUCUCUGUGGCUGCUCUAGAGUAAUUUACAGUGUCGAUGUAGGUGUUUGGCCAAAAAAAGAACUGCCUCCAUUACUCUCUGACUGCCUUUAAGUAGCACCUAAGCUUUUUGUAAGGGCUUGGUGGUUUUGGGUUGCAUGUAAAUGUCAUUAACAGCGAGCUUUUGGCCAAAAGAAAUAACUUCUCCCCUCUCCUUGCUCACCCGAGGACUUGUAGGAGACCAGAUGGCCCCAGUGUUUGGGAGUGGGUUUUGGCAAAGGAGACGUUUUUGAAAGUUGGACUUUGCUAAGAUGAAACGUAGCUGUUGCUGCUGUGUUGCCGCCAACUCUGCUUCUUUUUUCUUUUUAAGGCUGAAGUCGCAUUGCUUUAUUACACGCUGAACAGACAAUAUGCACAAACUGCUAUAUGAAAAGAGUGAAAUAGCCCUGGCCCGAAGAAAUUACUGAAUUGUCAAUGCCCUGAAGCUAUUGAUUUGUUUUUAAAGUGUAUCUCCAGCUUUAUAGAAAGAACAACAGUGCUACUUACUGUGAUGUUAUGUUCUCGUUUCUAAUUCUGUAGGCGUGGGAGGCAGUGAGCUGCUCUCUGAAAUCUUGCAAUAAAAGCUUGGUAUGAGGAGGAGGGAAUUUAUACUGUGGAAAAUGCCCAAGCUUUUCUAUGAGAAAUGUAUAGUGCUGAUCUUUGUCUGAGAAAUAUCAUUUGCUAGUCUCAGAUCCAGGGCAGGGUUAUUUGAAGGUCACAUGUUCCCCAGAAAGACAUGUUUUGUGGGACUGCAUGGCUGCCCUGGAUGCGCCAGUCCCUGUCCUGCAGAGGGGACAGCCCAGAAGUCACCAGCAGGUGAGAAGGAAGCUGCGGAGCAGGCAGGAGCCCACCCAGAUUCCAUACUAGCGGACAGGUUUGUUGUAGGCGUCCUAGAAGAAGCAGAUCUAGAGGCAGCUGAGUGUCAGCGAGCCCAGGAUGUUAGCCCAGAGGAGGAUAUUGUCUACACAAGGAGACAUGGGAAGGGACAUGCACAGGUAUCUGAGGUUGGAGCUGUGGCAGUGGCUGAGCCAUGCAGGUGAGCGCAUCCUCUCUUCAUCGACAAGUCACUGUCCUGGUUUGUGCGAGGGAAGUGCUCCCCUUUCUGUUGCUGCUCAAGGGUCUUAGCUCUAGUCCUGUUGGAAAAGAAGAUGAUUUAAGCUCUGCUGAGGUCUGUGGUGGAAGUCCAGGAGUCCCAGAGCCUACAGUCUGGUUAGAUUUGUGCAAGAGCAGCACAUUGCACGCACAGAGGUGUUGCAAAGGGACACUCCAAGAAAAUGGAGAACAAGCACAGCGAGGGAAAACUGUUGAAUGUAGUGCUGAUGAAAGACAUUUUUAUAUUUUAAGGAAAACUAGAGGUUCAAACUUGUGUGCAUUGCUGAACAGAAUAGGAGCCACAGAAGCAGUAAGUAAAUCAGUGCUAUUAAUUGGCAGGUCCAAGAAGGCAUUUGAGCUAGAAACCCAGGAGUUGUUCAAGGUUUGGGAAUUGGGUUCUAGUCAAGCUACUGAGCAGGAACAUAAAUUAGAGCAAAUGAUAAUGGAAGGGAGAAGCUGAGCAAGUCAAAACAGCUUAUAGAGAGCUGGACAGCCAAAAGCAAACAGUGAUGUAUGCCGAAAGCAAGAAGCCUGAGAACAUGUCAGCACAGCUGCCAGCUUACUGAGGGCAAGUGAGGAAGCCAAAAUUGUGAUUGAGAAACGCUGUGACUUCUGAGCAGAAGUCACAAGCAGAUCCCAGGAAGGUCCAAGUCCCAGUCUUUUUAUUUAAGGUAACAGAGGUGAGGCGCUCCCUCUCAGGGGCAGGUUUUGGAGAAGGCACUCAGAUGCAAGCUGAUCAUGUGAAAAGUGUUCAGCCUCUGCAUCCAGAUGGUUCACCAAAGAGGUCUGCAGGAGCUGAGCAGAAAGCUGCAAACAAACAUAUGCAUUUCUGCAUUAAAAACAGCUGCUGUUCCAAGGAGCUGGAGGCUUUGCUUAUGUUUUUUUAGCUUUUCUUGGAAAAGCUUAGGAUCGGUCCAGACAGUGAUCGAUAGAAAGAUGGGAGAGAGCUAUUCCUGGCCAGCUGAUAGGAAAAAUAAUUAACAACAGAAUGAGAAAACACCAGGAGGAUAAGGGAAACCAGUAGCGCUCAAGGACACGGUCACAUUUCUGCAUGGUGGACACUGUCUCAUUUGUCUCGUGCUGGUGAAGCAGAGGAUAAGCAAGAAGCAACUGGUAUAAUGCAUUUGCACCUUCGGAAGACUUCAGCCCUGCACAAGAGGCUGUCAGUGAGCUGAACGGGCCUCGAGUGACUUGCCUUGGUGAAGAAAGCAAGCAAAUGCCCAGAGAGCCAGGCAGAUUCCUGUGACAACUCCUAGCCAGCCUGAGCUGUAGCAGCCCUGUUUUGGCUGGGCUGGGUGUUUGGCCCUUCUCUUUGGGUUAGCAGCACAGCUGGGGUGAUUAUGGACAACGCCUUCUGAGGUUUGUCCAUGCCUCCCACUGAGCCCCAGUGUAGGGCUGGUUGCCCAGGGAGCCUCAGGUCGCUGUCCCUGGUGGUGGGCUUGCCCUAGGAUGGGAAGGCACCCUGCUGCUUCUCCAUCUCGAGGGCCUGUGAGGUUGGCCUCCGUGCCACACGUGCCCAGCACGAUGUCUGGCUGGUGCAGCUCCAGGCUGCAGCCCCAGCUGCCUGCCAGCCCACGGUGCUGGGACAGGGAAAGAUGUUGCCGGGGACCCCUCCACCGGCAGUGGAGAUCUCACUGCUGCUCUGCUCUCUCCCCACAGGAAAGUCCCACCUGGCCAUCGUGCAGCGGGUGAACAAUGAAGGGGAAGGAGACCCAUUCUACGAGGUGAUGGGCAUUGUCACCCUCGAGGAUGUCAUUGAGGAGAUCAUCAAGUCCGAGAUCCUGGAUGAGACGGAUCUGUACACAGACAACCGGAAGAAGGAGCGGGUGCCCCACCGGGGGCGCAAGCCCCAGGACUUCUCCAUCUUCAGACUCUCAGACAGUGAGAUGAAGGUGAAGAUCUCCCCGCAGCUCCUGCUGGCUACGCAUCGGUUUAUGGCAACAGAAGUUGAGCCUUUCAAGUCACCCUACCUCUCUGAGAAGAUCCUGCUGCGGCUCCUGAAACAUCCCAAUGUCAUCCAGGAGCUCAAGUAUGACCGGAAGAAUAAGAAGUCCUUGGAGCAUUACCUCUAUCAGCGCAACCGCCCUGUCGACUACUUCAUUCUCAUCCUGCAGGGGAAAGUGGAGGUGGAGGUUGGCAAGGAAGGGCUGCGUUUUGAGAACGGGGCGUUCACCUACUAUGGUGUCCCAGCCAUCAUGGCUGUCAUCUCCUCAGAUAAUGAUGUGCGGAAAGUGAGCAGCCUGGCUGGAUCCUCCUUCCUACCCACCUUUGCCUGUCGCAGGACAUGUGUGUGUUGCUUGUGUGGUGUCGCACCCCUGAACAGCAAGGAGGCAGGUCCCUGGGAGGUCACGGUGCCUUGUGGUUCCCCGAGGGGCGGCCUGGGGCAGCAGUGCGGGGCUGAGCCGCGCGAGCAUGUGCAUGCGUGUGUGCGUGCCCAGAUCACCCGGCAGCAGUACCAGAACGCGCUGGCAGCCAGCCGCAUGGACAGCUCGCCCCAGUCCCCGGACAUGGAGGCCUUCAACGACAGGGAUUCGACCAAGGCCUCGACCGCUCGGGGAACUCCCCAGACGCCCAAAGAGGACACCACCACUCUCCUGAAUGAGAGGAACAGCAUUAUGUGCAGCCGGGCCGACGGGCUGCGCAGCCCCAGCGAGUCCGUGUUCUUGCGCAUGGAGGGGAUCCCCUUCAUCCAGGAGGAGCUGGCUGACAACGAGGAGAACAGCAAGCAGCAGAACAAUGAGUGCUGCAGCACUGCCCUGGACGUGGAGUCCCCGGGCAGAGAGGCUGGGGCCAGCUCAUCUCCAAGCAGCUCUGAGGAGACACUGGGCAAGAGGCUGCUGAGAUCACUGAGUGGGCGCAAGCAGCGGCAGUCACCAGAGGGUGAACAGACACCAGAGGAGAGCUCCAAUCUCACCCCGUUAAUCACCUGAGCAGCAGUGUGGCCAGAGCACAGUGCUGGAGGCCCACGCAGACUGGAGGUCUGCAGCAUGGGGGGGUCUCCUGCCGUGAGUCUCAUGUUCAACAGCAGCAGGUCUGCACUCGCUCGCUGCCCGCCUGCCCGCUC